AUGUAUUAUUUGUUAAACAUUCUGGAUUUAUCACCAUCAGAUGAGCUACAUAUCAAUGAAUGGCUCCACCGAUCUAAGCACCUGUCUGUAUCGGAUUUCAAAUGUCUGGAGCAGCCCAUCAAUGAACUUGAAUCGCAUCUCACGCUCCGUUCAUACAUUGUCGGAUACUCUGUAACGUUAGCCGACAUUGCGAUGUGGGGUGUCCUGCGUGGAAACCAAGUGAUGUACGAUCUUCGCAAGAACUACGUAAAUAUCGACCGUUGGUUCAAGUUCAUCGAAGCCAACAACGAUUGGAUUACAUCCGCAGUAGAGAAUCUGAACAGCGCUGCUGGUCAAGAAAGAAUCACCUCUAAUGCCGCCGGCGUAAACCAUAAGACCGGAUUCAAGAACACUAUUACUGGCAUGGUUACCCGAAUUUUUCAAUGA